AUGUCUGCAACUGAUUCUACUGCUGCCAAUCAUGCUGCACACAGCACUUCUGCUCUUGCAAGUGCCCCAGCAGCAACAACAACAAAAACAAAAACAGCAGCUACUGCUAACACAACUACCGCUUCUCAUGCUUCUGCCGAUGCUGUUUCGACCAAUGCAAUUCCUAGUGCAGGUACAAGGGAUGUUCCUAGCGAGCCUCCUGCGGGAACUGCUAGUGAUAUUCCUGGAGUUUCUACCGGAGUCCCUAUUGAAACCACCCAUACUGAAGUUUAUCCAAAAAUCACCGUCCAUUGGCUAAACCACUCUCGUGCAACCCGAGUGCUUUGGCUACUUGAAGAGCUUGGUCUCAAGUAUGAUAUUAAAACCUACCAACGUGACAAGUACCUUCAUGCCCCAGAAUCGCUUAAAUCAGUGUACCCACUUGGGAAAUCCCCGGUGGUGGAAGUUCAGAAAACCGCCGACUCGACUCCGGUGGUCUUGGCAGAGUCGGGGUACGUUUUCCAAUGGGUUUUAAGAGAAUUCGAUGCCGGAAAACUUAGAAACAAGGGAAACCGGGAUAAAGUGGAUUAUUAUUUGCAUUAUGGUGAAGGAUCUCUCCAGCCCCCAUUAUUGUUUGAAGCGGUGCUUCAGCUAGUUGAAAAAGCAUUUGCUCCUUGGCCGAUUUCGGCAAUAAAGAAGGGGUUGGUCAAUAAGAUUAGACUGGCGUAUUGUGUUCCCGAAACCACCAACAAUUUGGAGUUUCUCGAGAAGGAAUUAUCUAAAGGUGGCGGAUACUUUGCCGGCAGUAAGUUAUCAGCAGCCGAUAUCAUGUUGUCGUAUCCUCUUGAUGUUGUGGUCCAUAGAGGAGUGAAGUUGGAUGAGUUUCCGGAGAUCAAGAAAUGGGUGGCGAUGAUCAAGGAAAACGCCAACUUCCAAGCUGCUCGCAAAUAUGGCCUGGAUACUUGA